GCGGACAAUAUGCGCCAGCCAAUUAGACGGGAACGGAGAGAUAUGUGAGCACGCACCAGGCUCUCUCAUUGCGGAGUGGAAUGCAAGACGCAUAUGGACAAAGUUCUAGCCCAUGGCCUGCCUCCAUGACGCGGAGAGCAGAAGGCUCGGCAGGCGCUCGGAGCAAUAUGCGAAAACCGCUCCAUUCGAUGUGGAGGGGAAGUUCCCGCCAGUAUUGGAGGAAGAGAUUGCCGAUCGAGGGAGGAGUGGCAAGGGUGUCCAAAGGAGGAGGAAUCGCGACCAAGAGUGAGGAGACGGCACACAAGGUUGAAGCAAGUGGAGUUGCGGCUGCGGCGAGGCUCUUGACCUCGUGUCAGAGUCCUCGUGCAGAAGAGGGGGUCCGGGGACGCUGGUCCAGUACACGUGUUGGCUUCGAGGGCUGCUCAGCUGUGCUGUGCCGCUUUUCAUCCAGUUCCUCUCUAGAGCCCGUCAUUUUCCUCCAGCGAAUCGCCCUCAGGUUGGCUAGGUGGCGGACAUAUUGUGGUUUUCAUGAGCAAUAGUGACACGAACUGUGAAGUCCUUAGAAAGACAGUCCACGACCGCUCACUGCUUCUCCUGAUGGACCUCAAUCAGCGAAUACUACAACCACAAGGCUGACGAAGGGCCUAGCGAAGCCACGGCAACACCCUCAGCCGCCGUGGCGCGAGCCCAACCUUGCCAAUUCAAGCAGAAAUGUCAAGACUCGAGGCGCCCGGGCGUUAUCCGGCCAGAGGCUAAUGUGACGACGCAUCUGAUGGACGGCCACCGUCGGC